ACGAGAGAAAGAAGAAGGUUCCACAAAAGUGGAAGAAAAAGGGUAGUCGAUUAAUGAUGGUUGAUUCCCAAGGGAAUCAAACUGAGAUCGAUGAUGUUUCUAAGCUUGUGGAGAGUUCAGAGUUAGACGGCGAGGAUAGUGUUGAGGGUAGCAACCUCACCGCAGAAGUUAAGACAAAUGCAGGCGACCGCGACAAGGCGGUCAACAGAGAUGCAUUGUCUCGCAGGGCAGAUUACCUAGGUGCGCUGAGCCUUUCCGAGGACGUUACUCGAUCCUUGGGGAAAGCCUACAAGGAAGACCCCAUCACGAUGGACAUCAUCAACAAACAGGAGGCCAAAGACAAGGCCACCACUGACGAGUUUGUGAUGGUGGAUGGAUUACUCUUUCUUGAGAAGGCAGGGUUUAAACGGCUAGUUGUUCCAUCUAGAGAAAUUUGGCGUAGUUUAUUCUUAGGUGAUUGUCACGACGCAACGGGACAUUUCGGCUAUAAGAAGACCAAUGCUAAUUUAGUACAACGAUUCAGGUGGCCUAACAUGUUGGACGAUGCAAAGAAGUACGUACAGACCUGCCAGGUCUGUCAGCGGAACAAGCCGCGAACUCAAGCUCCGCUUGGGUUACUCAAGCCUCUACCCAUUCCUGCUGGCCCGGGACAGAGUAUCUCCAUGGACUUCAUGGAUACUCUCGUGACCAGCAUGAAUGGGAAGAGGCACAUCUUCGUCAUAGUUGAUAGGUUCACUAAGUUUGCUCGACUAAUUGCCGUGUCGGAGACUGCCACGACUGAACACGUCAUCAAGUUAUUCAUGGAUAACUGGGUGCGUGACUUUGGGCUGCCAAAGACAACCGUUAGUGAUAGAGAUGUGCAUUUCACAAGUGAGAUGUUGAAGAAGGACGCUGAACACAUGGGCAGCCAACUCCAAACGAGUUCUGGGAAUUAUCCCGAAGGCAAUGGGCAGGCUGAAGAAAUGAACCGGGUGGUGCAGCAUCUGCUGAAGCAUUAUAUUAAGCCCAGCCAAGAUGACUGGGAUGAGAAGUUACCUCUCAUCGCCAGUCUGUACAAUAACGUUGUACACAGCACCACAGGGGUCACCCCGAAUCAGCUGCAUCUGGGGUGGAAGCCUAGAUCUGCACCAGACUUCCUCCUUCCUGAAAACCAACCUGCUGCAACUCCUGGAACCAUUGAAUUUGGUGUCCAGUACGAGAAGUUGCUGCAGCAAGCUGUCGAGAACAUCAAGAAGUCUCAGGAAGCAAUGAUUGCUUAUGAGAACAAGCUAGUCUCCACAUUUCAGGUAGAGGAACGUGUCUGGGUUAAGGCUAGUGAACUGGGACAGGAGUUCGGCAUCUCUAGGAAACUAAUGACUCAGUACUUCGGUCCCUGGGAACUCCUGGACAUUGUGGGUAGUGAGAUGGAUGGUCCCUCGUACGUCAAUCGUAUCCCUGGUCACUUACACACUUACCCUGUUUUCCAUGCCUCAAAGCUCGCUCCUUUCGCUGAGAUAGAACAGUUCCCAUCACGAGGAUUUAUGCUUCCCCCAACCAUGGAUGGCCACGUGGAUGUCAACGAUAUCCUGGAGCAUAGAGACAUGCCUGUUCCCAAGCCCUUUAACUGCUCCUCUGGACUAAUUUACCCUCUAACUUCGGCAAAUCAAGAGAAAAUUUGGUUCAGGAUGGUGCGCAAGGUCACACUAUGGGCCAUAUGGAAGGAGAGACGUAGCAGAACACUGGAUUGCACGAAGAACCCACGGGAGAAAGUGUGGGCGGCAACCAAAGAGAUGAUUGAAGCGGAAAUCCUCUGUCAUUGUAGGAAGGUUAAACUCUGGGUGCAGAACAGUCCAGAGACAGAACAGGUGACGCUUGCCAAAUUCAAGAGGGUCUGGUUGGUAGGUGAUAUGAAAUGGCUAAAUGGGCACGUUUUAAGAUGGAAAGAGUGGCACAAUUCUGUCAAGUCUGUAGGCCAGCAGAAUACCCAGACAGUGCACAGCGCUGUAGCCUAUGAGCCACGAGGAGAACACCAGAGAGGACGACCAAGGACUUUGCGAUCAGCUAGGGGCCCGGUAGCCCACGUGUCUUCAGGACCGGGGGGUGAUAGACAUCUGUUCCGCCAGCAGAGGGAGAGACAGCAGGCACAGAGGAGGGCUAGAGCAGCCGAGGCCAGCCGGACUUUAAUUAGUGAGGCCGGUGCUACAGCAGCCAUGGCUACUACAGCCAUGUCCACUUCUGCGCAGCAGACUUCCCAAGCCAGUAGUUCAAGUGUCGUCGGGUCAACGGUCGCGCAGACCGUGAGUCAGUCCAGUGGCUUAAUGGCAAGCCAGGCAGCGGUGUUGACUCUAGAGGAUGUCGCCAUCCAGCAGGCAGCCCUGCAGGAGGCACAGCUACAUCGGGCAUUAGGGGAGAUAAAAGCGGAAAAAGAAAAGAUGAUCAGGAGAAGAGCCAGGAUGCAGCGAAGAGAGGCAGACAUAGAGGAGUUAGAAAUGAUGGACCUGACACAUAUGGAUGAUGAUGUGAGGGUAGUUAGGAAGGCCCUGCUAGGGGUUAUAGAAAUGCAGGAGCACCAAACUACCAUCCUUCAGGACAUUCAACAGAGCCUGGCCGUUCUGUCAGGCCGUGCUCAGGCAACACCAUCACCAGCCGGGCCUGGUGCCUGGCCCGUGCCAUAUCCUCCCUUCUCUGUCCCACCGGUGACUGGGGUAUCCCCAUAUAUAGCCCCGUCAACGGUUGCUAUUGUUUCCAUAGGCAUGCCGCUGUCAGGAGGGGUAACAGCAGGGAGUAGUUUACAGGUUCCUGUACAGAUAGUGUUUACUCCAAGUCCGUCACAGGUUGCGGUCACCACGCAGCCUGCUGUCUCGCAGCCAGUGCAGCCUCAGGGCACACAGCCCCAGCAGCUAGCACAGCAACCUGUUUCACCGGGUCCACAGCCUGGAAUGAUGCAAGGACCGGGACAGACACAGAGGGUUCCGAAGACGACCAUCGCCGCUCCCAAAACUUUUACAGGGGACAAGAGAGGCGAGGACCUCGACACUUGGUUGAGGGCAGUGCCGGUCUACGUCAGGUGCAAACUCACCUUGCCGCACGAAGAAGUGCUUGUGGCUGCCUCCUACCUCGAGGGUAGUGCAGCGAGAUGGUUGAGUGGUCUAGUGCAACUUCAAGGAUAUGGUCAUGACUUCCGCGCUUGGGCAGCCUCCCAGAAAUUGGAGGACUUCCUGAAGAUGGUGGAAGAGAGGUGGCAUGAUCCUCAGGAGGCUCAAAGGGCCACUGACGCGAUCCUGACACUGCACACGCGGCAGUUUAAGUCAGUAAGGGAAGCCACCGACGCUGUUGAGCCUUUGAUCUGUGUCCCUGGGGUACACUAUGAUCCUCAGGCCCUGUUGACUUCGUACCUGAGAUGUUUUUUUCAGCCUCUCAGGAACCAGUUGGCAAAAGAGGCCAACAUCAAUAUGCACAACUUCCCUUCAUUUAGCAAGGUGGCCCUAGACCUGGAAGCAAAGAUAGGGCAUGGACAGGCACCCACUACGGAGGGGAGAACGAAGAUACUGCCUCCCAACUGGAAGGCGAAGGGUCACUUAAUGUUUGUCGGCAACGAUGGUUCGACCAUCGAGUUGGACGGCAACCUCCAGGAGGGAGUAGGUUUACCAGUGAGUUGUGGAAGGCCGCUGCUGCAGAGCAGGGCACCCAGUUGCAAAUGACUUCAGGGAAUCACCCAGAGGCCAACGGCCAGGCUGAGCAACUGAACCGCGCUGUACAACACCUGUUGAGGCAUUACAUC